GUUGCUGGAAAUAACAAUUUCCGGUGCACAUGGUUUUGUUAUUGACAUAUGCAAUAAUUUUUGAUGACGAUAUGUAGAGUUUGAACGAAUAUUUAUCUCGAAAAUGGAUUUCAUAGAAGAUGGACAAUUCGAUGAUGCAGAGGAAUUAGCAGAAACUGGGCCCUCUAUCACUGAUCAUCAACCCAUAAAAACGUUUGAAGCCAAUUUAGAAAGAAAAGUUACUGAGCUGAAGCUGGAUGUUGGCGAUGGACCAAGUACAGGUAAUACAGGAGACGAUGGGUACUGGGAGGAAGAGGAUGAGGAGGAAGACGAGGAUGAUAGUUAUGACUGGGAUGGAAUGACAGGAAACUUCACUAAAAAAUAUAAUUCUGUCACUGCUCACAACCAGCAGCCCAAUUCAAAUCGACAGCCAAACAAGAAUCCCGGAAAAGGUGCUAAGCAUUUCCAACCAACAGAUAAAACCAUGCGGAAAUAUGUAGAUAAAAUCAAUGUUGAACAAUAUUCUGGCCCCACCUUGACUAGUUCAGCGAUGUCAGGACUGAUGAACACUGGAAAGAAAAUGAACAACGACAGGUACCAGCGUAAGGACAAGGCCGACAGAGCCACAGCCGAGCAGGUGAUGGACCCUCGUACACGUAUGAUACUGUUUAAGAUGUUGAGUAAGGGUAUUAUCACCGAGAUCAAUGGCUGUAUCAGUACUGGGAAGGAGGCUAACGUUUACCACGCCACGGCCAAAGAUGGCUCGGACCGUGCAGUCAAGGUAUAUAAGACAUCCAUCCUGGUGUUCAAGGACCGUGACAAAUAUGUGACAGGAGAGUUCAGAUUCCGACAUGGCUACUGUAAACACAACCCUAGGAAGAUGGUGAAGACUUGGGCGGAGAAGGAAAUGAGGAACCUUAUUAGGAUCCAUCAGUCUGGGAUACUGUGUCCCGAGCCGGUGUUUCUCCGCAGUCACGUCCUCGUCAUGGACUUCAUCGGCACCGAUGGCUGGCCUGCACCGCUUUUGAAGGACUGUGACCUCUCCGACUCGAAGGCUCGUGAGCUGUACCUACAAUGUAUCCACAUGGUGAGGACACUGUAUCACACAUGUAAGCUGAUACACGCUGACCUCAGCGAGUUCAAUAUGCUUUACCACGAAGGGAGAGUGUACGUGAUAGAUGUAUCACAGUCGGUUGAACAUGACCAUCCGCAUGCUCUCGAGUUCCUACGAAAGGACUGCACCAAUAUCACAGAUUUCUUCAGGAAGAAGGGCGUGUGUACGUUGACGAUGAAGGAACUAUUUAACUUUGUCACUGACGUAACCAUUACCGACGACAACAUUGAUGCCUACCUUGACCAUGUGAUGGAGAUGUCGGUCAAUCGCACGCAGGAUGAUAUCACAGAACAGCAGAAGAUUGAUGAUGAGGUUUUCAAAAAUGCCUUCAUACCAAGAACUUUAGAUGAAGUCAUAGACUUUGAGCGGGAUUUCUCAAAAGCACAGACGGGAAAAACAGAUCAUAUUUUAUACCAGACAGUGACAGGUCUAAAGGCUGACUUGACGGGUGCCCAACAGAAACCGGUACUCCUGGAGAGUAAAACUGAUCUGUCAGAAGCACACACCGAUUUAACAGAGCCCGACAAGAGUGUGGUUGACUCGGAUGAAGAGGAGAGUGACAGUGACAAUGAAAGUGACGAUAGUAACAAGGCAGCAUUAUCUCUCAGGCCAAGGGACGAAUCACCCAACAGUAAAAAGGAAAGAAAGCAAAAGGUAAAAGAGGAACAGAGAGAAAAGAGGAAAAAUAAAAUUCCAAAGCAUGUUAAAAAGAAAAAGGAAAAGAUGGGAAAGAGUGGAAAGAAGAGCUAAGUAAGCGAGUAUUGAGUGAUUAUCACCGACUUUACAGAGAUGGAAUACUCGGUGAUUUGGAGGGACACUUUUGGGGAUUUUUCAUGGAUGUUACAAUGGAUAACUUUUAAUUAUCGACACCACAUCAAUUUCAUAAGGUCAGCAGACCGUUUCGUUUGGUAGGAACUGCAGGUUUUUGUGUGCGACUGUGGUACGUUUCUGUUUUAUUUUAACAUGCAUUUUUCAAAUGUUAAGUUAUAGUCCAUAAGCAAGUGUGAAAGAUUUAAAAUGAGGAGAAAGAGAGAGCAAUGUUCAGUGUAAACUUCUAGAAUCUGCAUUAAAAUUUAUCCA